GCUGAAGCCGAGGUAGAAGAAGUAGUCAGUAGGUGAUGAGAAAGUGGACGAGCCCCAGACGUCUGUUUCUGUGUUGCAGGCAACGAAGCACUGACGAGACUGGGAACUCUCCUAACCUUGUUUACUCCUGGACUGUAUACACACGCAGAGGACCAUUGGAGGCGCAUAUUUGUGCACUUUUCCUGCCUUGCAGCCAAACUUGCACUUUGGUACAGUAAAGCACAGUCAUGUCAGCUAUUAGCAAAACUGAAAAGGUUCAGCUGCACGUCCCUGACCUGGAGGAACUAACUACUGUGUUAAAAAAAGGACUGGAAGAUAACUUUGCAGAAGUUACAGUGAGUGUUGUGGAAUGUCCCGACCUUACCAAGGAGCCCUUCUACUUUCCUGUUAAAGGUUUGUGUGGAAGUCCUCGGGUCACGGAUGUGGGAGGAGUACCCUACCUGGUACCUGUGGUUCAAAGGCAUAAGGAGUAUGACUUGAAUGCAAUAUCAAAGGAGGUGGAUCUACCAGGAGCGUUCUUUCUUGGGGCAGGAGCUGUUCCUUCCAGAGUCGUGGGAAUGAACGCAGAGCUGAUACCUCUAGUUCUAACUGAAGCAGAAGGAAGGCCUGCAGUGAACAGCAGCUACUUCUCCUCCAUCAAUCCAGCAGAUGGUCAGUGUCUGCAAGAAAGAUACAGCGACAAAUUCUCAGACUGUAACUUUGCUCUGCUCGGGAAUUUUUACGCUUGUGAGGGGAAGCCGGGAAAGGUCAUUAAGGUACAUGCCAAGAAGAGAACCGGAGACUACAGCAUAGUGACGGCCUUGAGAAAGACUCUGGAAGUGGAGUACCCUGAUAAAAGCCUUGCCCUGGGGGGCACCUUCAUCAUCCAGAAGGGGAAAGCCAACAUCCACAUCAUGCCCAGAGAGUUCUCCGGCUGUCCACUGGUCACCGAUGAAGCGGUCAACAACUGGCUGAAGCACUUUGAGGUGAACGCCCCCCUCAUCUGCCAGUCUGUGCUUGUAUCCAAGGACCCUGGACUGGACCUACGUGUGGAGCACACACACUGCUUCAGCCACCAUGGAGAAGGUGGCCACUACUACAUCGACACCACACCUGACAGUGUGGAGUACCUGGGCUACUUCAUGCCUGCGGAGUCUAUUUACCGCAUCGACAGACCUAAAGAGACACAUACAGUGGGAAGAGAUUAAAAACAAAAACUGAAACUCAACUACUACUUACAGUGCUAUUCAAUCACACAAUUACAAAAGUAUAGCACCACACAAAUAGCAGUUUUUGUAAAACUCAUCAUUUUGACUUUACAUAUUGAAAAUAAUUACAGAUAUUGAAUAAAGAUGUAUUUUCUCAUUCCUGCCAAAAUAGAAUGAUUAAUGACAAUUAUACCAAUCAAUUUGUCUAAAUCCCAUAUCGUCUAGCAGUUAAGCUUCCUGGCAUUAACCCAGGGGGCCUGGGUUUCACUCUACAUGUACAGGAACUAUUUUUUUUGUUCAUUUCUCUUGGAGAUGUAUAAAGCAUUCAUCUGUCUAAACAAGAAAGUCAAUAUUGCGCAAUAUUGUGUACAUAGACAAUAUUUAACCAAACUUGUGUAAAUAAACCUUUGUACUCAGCAAAAAACUUGAAUAAAAACAAAUUUUCUAGAAUAGGAAUUCAAUGAAAAUAAACUGGUCUGC